AGACAAACCAGUAAGAGAAGAGGUCCAACCCUCGGGAAGAGAGCAACGACAGAGUGGGGACGGUUAUCUUACAUGAUUAAAACACUACGAGCAGAAGAAGACUCGCACGGAUCGAUAGACACGUAUCGUAAACACCCAGUGCGUCAUGGAGUCCUAUGACAUUUUAGCUAACCAGCCCGUUGUGAUUGAUAAUGGGUCAGGGGUUAUCAAAGCUGGUUUUGCUGGUGACCAAAUCCCCAAAUACUGCUUCCCUAACUAUGUGGGACGUCCGAAGCAUGUGCGCGUGAUGGCUGGAGCCCUGGAGGGAGACCUCUUCAUCGGGCCCAAGGCAGAGGAGCACAGAGGCCUGCUGUCGGUUCGCUAUCCAAUGGAGCACGGUAUUGUGAAGGACUGGAAUGACAUGGAGAGGAUCUGGCAGUACGUGUAUUCCAAAGAGCAGCUGCAGACUUUCUCUGAGGAGCAUCCUGUGCUGCUGACUGAAGCUCCUCUCAACCCCAGCAAGAACAGGGAGAAGGCUGCAGAGGUCUUCUUUGAGACCUUCAAUGUUCCUGCUCUCUUUAUCUCCAUGCAGGCGGUCCUCAGCUUGUACGCAACAGGUCGCACAACUGGUGUGGUGUUGGAUUCGGGUGACGGAGUGACUCACGUGGUUCCCAUCUACGAGGGAUUUGCCAUCCCUCACUCCAUCAUGCGCGUAGACAUCGCUGGCAGAGACGUGUCGCGGUACCUCCGUCUGCUGCUGCGUAAGGAGGGGUACAACUUCAAUACGUCGGCCGAGUUCGAGGUGGUCCGCACCGUCAAAGAGAGAGCCUGCUAUCUCUCUCUCAACCCUCAAAAGGACGAGACCUUAGAAACCGAGAAGGCCCAGUACGUGCUGCCUGAUGGAAGCACUUUGAAAAUCGGUCCGGCCAGGUUCAGAGCUCCUGAGCUACUUUUCAGGCCCGACCUGAUUGGAGACGAGAGCUUAGGGAUCCACGAAGUUCUGGCCUACGCCAUCCAGAAGUCUGACAUGGACCUCCGACGCACCCUGUUCAACACCAUUGUGCUGUGUGGGGGCUCCACCCUCAUCAAAGGCUUUGGGGAGCGACUACUAACUGAAGUAAAGAAGCUGGCUCCUAAAGACGUGAAGAUCAAGAUUUCUGCUCCUCAGGAGAGGCUCUACUCCACGUGGAUCGGCGGCUCUAUUCUAGCGUCGUUGGACACUUUUAAGAAGAUGUGGGUGUCAAAGAGGGAAUAUGAAGAAGACAGAGCUCGUGCCAUCCACAGGAAGACCUUCUAGUAGGCUCUGCCUCCAGAACUGCCCUCAAAUGUCCGUCACCAUUUUGAGGCAGACUCUCAGACUCUCGUCAUCUCUGGGAUUCUCUGCAUCAUCUUUUAUUAACCGCUAAACCCCGUUAGCCUGCCCAUUGCUACCCCCCCGCCCAGAGAGCACACUCAUUCAUGUGUGCUAGUCCUCCUGCUGUAGUGUUUACUACAGGCGGCUUACUCUACUUUCAUUAGUCCACUCUGAAGUAUUUAAGCUCUGAAAGGCCUGAAACAUGAUAUGUCAAUAAACCUCAAUGUUGUCUUUUUGUGUUUUUGCUACUGUUUAAAUAUUCAUUCCAGACUGCAGACUUUGGUUUUUAUCUGAUGUGUUAUUGAUCAAAGGUUUAAAGUACUAUAGCAGUGCUGUAUAUUGCUCCAGUGAAACAAAAAAAUAAUCCGGCCUGAACCGAAAAGUCAAACUUAGUGUAGCUCAUAUGUUUCAUUUUGUUAUUACCAAUGAAAUGUUUUACUUAAACAUCACAUGUCUGUGUUGAGGUUGAAAAUGUUGACUCAGAUUUUUUUGAUUAAAGGAAGAGUAGAAAAAAAACUUGA